ACAUUUUAGUUGGAAAUACGCGACCGUUAUAGCAACAAGUAGUGAUAAGCAUUUUACACUGCGCUCUGAACCAUUUAGGCGUUGAAAAUUUUUGUUUUUAUUUAUUUAUAUUUUAUACUUUUUAUAAAAUAAAAAGCAGUUGCGUGUGUGCUGCCUUAGUUUAUUUCACUCACAUUGGCACAGCCGUUGUUUUACCUAUAAAAUUACAAUCAAAAAAAGAACAAAAUUAAUUCGAUUUUGUUCUUGUGUACACUUUUAGUGAUCGUCAAAAUUUGCUUUUAAACUUUGGAUGCGUAAAUUUAUGGGGUUAAGUGCUUAAAAACUACAGCGAAAAAAAUUUGAGUGCUUGUGUCGAAGAGUCACAAUUUCAAUCAGAAAAUAAAAUCCAUUCGAAAGCAAAGGGAUCAUGAUGUCGGAAACAGUUGUUACAGUUGAUCCGAAUAGGCAACCGCAAGCGCAGCCAAAACCAGCCGCCCAAUCGCAGGGAGCCCUCAGUUGGGUCAAAUUCAAUAUUGGAUACUUUCAAACAAUACCGGGAAUUUUAAAAUUAGUUCAAUUGGUUUUUGGUAUAAUUUGCAUGGCCUGUGCUUCGCCAGCAUACAUAGGCGCAUCUCAUUGGUUCCUGUUCGUUGCAGUUACAUCAUUCAUUGCAACACUGUUAUGGUCUUUCGUUUAUCUGCUGGGAAUUCGAGAAGUGCUUAAUUUGGCAAUUAACUGGAUAUUGACGGAACUGCUCAAUACCGGCAUCGCUACAAUAUUUUACAUCAUUGCGUUCAUUGUCCAGUUAGCUACUUGGUCUAACAUUCAUCCAGGAUCAUCUUUACAAUAUUUCAGAGCAAGCAAUAUUGCAGCUGGGUGUUUUGGAUUGUUCAAUACCAUCGCCUAUGCCGCAUCCACGUACUUUUUGUAUUUGGAACAUAAAAGUGCUUCAACGCCAUAGUUUGGUGACGUUUUACGCCCUUUAAUGUUUAGGUAUUUCUUGGACACGUUCCUGUGGUGGACGAUUUUGUCCGUUAUGUGUACACUAAAAAUCACCAUUUCGUUUUAUUUAUCCGUGCAUUACUGCAAUGUUCUAUGCAUAAGAAUUGUAUCAUAGGUGUAGUAGACAUUAAAGAAAAUAGUUUUUUUUUUCGUUUGGCUCCUCUCCUGACUAAAUAUAAAUAAAAAGAAAAAUCGAAAACAUUUGCAUUAACCACAACAAAAAGAAAACGACGGUUUGGUAUACCAAAAAUAAUCUUAAUAAAUAAGCGGCGAACAGAGAAAAAAAAAUUGAGCAAAAACAGCGUUGUAUCUAAUCGAGUGUAAAA